UCGUGGUUUGUAGUGGACAUUUUGAUGAUGUUGCCCUGUUUUUAUAUACAUGUAUGAGGUCGAAAACAUGCCGAAACUGUCUGAAAUAAACCUUACGGACAAGUGCAGACCAGAGAGUCUGUGGUCCGCUGCAGAUGUUUGGAUAAAGAAACCACAUGUUGUUAAUAAGAGGCUGUGUGGAGUGACAGAGUCAGAGUACAGGGACGUGGACACUGCGGGACUCAAGCAUUUCAUAUCCACUCUCUUGAGGACCAAUAUUGACAUUAAUGAUAUGUUUUACUUUCUUGACGCCGAUAUUGUGCAUAAGGAGCAUGAAACAGCAGGACGCUGGUGUGUUGGAGUCAGAACCAUCAUUCCUAAAGUACACAAGACAGAGAAGUGUGUGUUCAAAGAAAUUAUCAUUAAAGACAUUAUUGGAAACGCAGUGACAUUCAUCCCUUUUGAAGAGAACGGGCAAGUGACUCUCAAGAGCAGUAACAUUUAUCAAAUCCAGCUGCAACUGAAGUCAGAGGUCUGGACUUUGUCUCUUCAUGCUCUGAGGCCCGAGCAGUGGUACAGUGAUGGAGUGGCAUACCCUAAACUGUCCUGGCUCUGUACUGAACUCCUGCCUAAACUAUCACGCUGGGCUCUAGAGAGCAAGACCAGUGAGUUUAAGAGCACCCUGUCUCUCGUACCAGUGGAGAAGUACAGCAUCCUCUACCAGCAGCUGAAAGAGAAGUACAAAGAAUUAGUGAAGGUCUGGCCUGAAGUUACUGAUCCGGAGAAGUUUGUGUUUGAAGAUGUUGCCAUUGCUACAUAUCUGUUGGUCUUGUGGGGUGAGGAGCGUGUUGAAAAGGGAACAACAACCAAACAGUCCUUUGUUGAUCUUGGCUGUGGAAACGGCCUCCUGGUUCACAUAUUAAAUAAAGAAGGGCAUCCUGGAAAGGGCAUUGACAUUCGGAAGAGGAAGAUCUGGGACAUGUAUGGACCUGGUACACAUCUAGAGGAAAAUGCCAUCACACCCAGCGAUGGCUUCCUCUUCCCCACCACAGACUGGCUAAUUGGAAACCACUCAGAUGAGCUUACACCAUGGAUCCCCAUUAUAGCAGCCAGAUCUUCUUACUCGUGCCGCUACUUUGUGCUUCCCUGCUGCUUCUUUGACUUCUUUGGGAAAUACCAGCGCAGACAAUGUAAGAAGUCACAAUAUAAGGAGUACAUCGAUUUUAUCACUGAUGUCAGCAUAGAAUGUGGCUUCCAUACAGAGGAGGACUGCCUUCGGAUCCCCUCCACUAAACGGGUAUGCAUCAUAGGCAGAUGUAGGAGUUACGCCGAGGCAGAUGAGGCUGUAAUAGAAGAGAGACGAAGUGAUUAUAUCAGAGGGCGUCAGGCCUUAUUCACAAGCUCAGGGGUGAACAUGAGUGCCAAUCAAAGUGGCCAUGAUCACCUUGAGAAUGGACGGAGCAUCCCAACUGCAGCGAGUGACUGGGUAAAUGGCUUCCAGCCGAGAGAGAAGAUUGAGUCUGUCAGAAAUUGUGCGGCCCUUCCGAGGGAUUUUGUGGAUGCAGUGGUUCUGAGGGUGGCAAAGGCCUUGCUGAGUCAGACUGAGGAAAAUGUGGAGAAAAAUGAUAGCUGUGAUACGUGGAACACAGGAGGCAGUCUGUUGAUUAGUGAAGUAGCUGACCUCCUGGAUCAGUCCACUUUACAGGCACUAAAGAAAGAGUGUGGAGGUCUCCAAACACUGCUAAAAAACAACCACCAGGUGUUCAGAGUGGAGGGUGGAAGGGUCUUUAUUCGGGAUUGGAGAACUCAUGCAACAGCACAGAGCUCUAGAGUGAACUCCAAACGCAAACCGCCCCCCGCAGGUGCCCUGAAGACCCGACUCUGCUGGUUCCACACCCACCAUCCCCAUGGAUGCCCACUACCCUUUGAGAAUUGUGCCUUUGCUCAUGGUGAGACUGAGUUGAGACCUUCCACAAAGCCCCCCAAAAAUCGGACCUGAACAGAAGCCUUUUUUCUUAUAAAGUUUAACUUGAUUUUUGGAGAAAGAACAGAAUGCAAAAAGACUUUGGUUCAUUUCUGUUUUAUUUUCAAUAAUCCACUCAUUAUCCAAAGUGGAGCUUGUUUUAAGAUGUACAUUUUUUACUUAAUUUUUUUUUUUUUAAAUGAAAGGAUCUGAAUUUGAAUAUAUAUAUCCGUUUUAUGAGAAACAUGUAAAAAUGAACGUUUCUAGACACAUCCAUCAGAUGUCAUUUUUCAAUACAUUUUCUGAUAUGCAAAGAGAUCCUUCGACUUUUGGCAGGCUUGUGUUGAGAGAGGGCAUGUGCAGUGUAAAUGUUAGGGGCAUGAAUAAUUUGGAGGGCCACAUGGGGGGUUGGACCUUGUGGGUCACUACCCCUCCACUCAAAUGUCAGAGGACAGGAUGUCAAUCGAGGUCACAUUUUUUGUUGUACAUCAUGGAUGCAGAUAAAUACAUCUGAUUAAUUCAAACAGAGCAAACAUUUACACAGCAAAAAUGGCAAAUGCAUAAGAUAAGAUAAUAUAGAUCUGAAUA